UUAUUAGGGGAAGGAGGGCGGAGGCGGAGGCCAGUUCCCUAGCUCCAGCCGCCGUCGUCGCUGCCUGUGUAGUUGCAGCCGCGGCCGCCUCCCGCCAGCUCGCUCCGGGGAAAAGAGAACGCGCGCGAGCUCGGGCGUCCCCGCCCCAGCCCUUCCCGGAGCCAUGAAUCCCAACUGCGCCCGGUGCGGCAAGAUUGUGUACCCCACGGAGAAGGUGAACUGUCUGGAUAAGUUCUGGCAUAAAGCAUGCUUCCACUGUGAGACCUGCAAGAUGACACUCAACAUGAAGAACUACAAGGGCUACGAGAAGACGCCCUACUGCAACGCACACUACCCCAAGCAGUCCUUCACCAUGGUGGCUGACACCCCGGAAAACCUCCGCCUCAAGCAACAGAGCGAGCUCCAGAGUCAGGUGCGCUACAAGGAGGAGUUUGAGAAGAACAAGGGCAAAGGCUUCAGUGUGGUGGCAGAUACACCGGAACUCCAGAGAAUCAAGAAGACCCAGGACCAGAUCAGUAACAUAAAAUACCACGAGGAGUUUGAGAAGAGCCGCAUGGGCCCCAGCGGGGGCGAAGGCCUGGAGCCUGAGCGCCGAGAUUCCCAAGACAGCAGCUACCGGCGGCCCCAGGAGCAGCAGCAGCCGCCCCACCACAUCCCCACCAGCGCCCCGGUUUACCAGCAGCCCCAGCAGCAGCAGGUGGGACAGUCUUAUGGUGGCUACAAGGAGCCUGCAGCCCCAGUGUCCGUACCGCGCUGUGCCCCAGGCGGGGGCGGGAAGCGGUACCGCGCUGUGUAUGACUACAGCGCCGCUGACGAGGACGAAGUCUCCUUCCAGGACGGGGACACCAUCAUCAACGUGCAGCAGAUCGACGAUGGCUGGAUGUAUGGGACCGUGGAGCGCACCGGCGACACGGGGAUGCUGCCGGCCAACUACGUGGAGGCCAUCUGAGCCCCUCCCCUGGGUGCUGCCCCGCCCCCACCCGUCUUCAGUGCGUUCCAUGGCAUCGCGUCUGUCCUGGGCGUGACCUGCCCACCCUUCAGUGUCUCUGUUUUGUUUUGUUUUUUUUUUUUCUAAAUCUGCGACAGCUUGUUUUAUUCCCACCCUCCUCCAGCUACUUUUGCCAACCGAAGCCUUGUUCUGCCACUUUCGCGGGCUCCUUCCUCUGGCGGGUUUUCCCCUUGACCAACUUCUUGGUUUUCUCUCUGGAUGGAACAGGCGUGGACCUCUUGGGGGGAGGCCGAGGCCCGGGGAGCUGGUCUGGAAUGGGAGACCCGUUGGCUCCCAGGCCUCUGCCUUCACUCUUUUCUGCCCCCUCAGACCUUCCUGCCCUCCUCCGCACACACCCAAACUUUCCAGGACUCCCAGGGGACGGGGCUCCAUAGCCCCUUGCCCCGGGAUGGGCUUAGCCUCUGCUUCUCCGAGACGGGGCGACUGGCCCUCGGAGGGGCCCCCCAGCACCCUCUCCCACUCUCAAGGACCACGAAGGAGGGUCGAGUUCCUGCUUUGGGAUUCAUUCAUCCCUCCCCACACGUGUUCCUUCUCACACUGUGAUUUUGCUCUCCUGCCCACGCAGCCCUGGUGCGGGCAAGGAGCUCCCCAGGAAGCAUGGCUUGGGUCAAGUGCUCGCCUUUCUUACUUUUAGGGACAGUUGCAGGAGGGAAGGGAACAGGGUGUUCUCUCCCACAGCCCUUUUUCCUCCUCCCACCCCUCGUCUCCAGACACCCUGGUUGCUCCUGAACCAUGAGGCAAGGAAGCCUCGGGCCUCUUGGCCUGCCACGCCGGGCCCCUGGGCUCUGGGUUAGGUGGGCCAUUCCUCCCUACUCCCCACGGGAGGAUGUCUCAGGCCUCCCACGGCCUCCCCUCCUUGGUCCAGCCCCAAGCACGCUGGAGCUGCACACAGCCACAGGACCUUCUGUGUCUCCAGGACUCAGCAUGUGGGGGAAGGAGCGCGUCUAUAUCCGUGACAGGCUCGCGUGACCAAAGCAGCCAGGGUCCCGGCCGGCGGGAGUCUCUGGGCUUACGCGAGGGUGCAUGGGGCCGUCUCCGCCUGAUAGUUUCCUCAGACCCCACGGUGAGAAGGGAGGGCCGUGGGAGAGAGAAGUUCCUCGUGUCUUCUUUGGAGUGAAGGCCCCUCCUUUCCUUGUAUCCCCAAAUGGCGCAAGCCCACCCACCUCCUUUUCAGCGUGCUGGGCAGAGGUAAGGGGGUGGUCCUGGAGUCGGUGGGGCUGAUGUUGGGGCCUGCAGCUUGCUGGGGUGAGGGUGGGGGGCAAGGUUUCAUGGCUCCAGGCAUAUUCUCUCCCCUCACGUCCAUGUCCUUGGCUGCAGAGUAGAGCAUCAGACGACCCUAUGUCCCCCACACUGUGGGUGUCUCGCUCUGGGGGCUCAUCCCCCGCACCACCAGACCUCUCCCUCGCUUACCUAAGGCCCCCUGGAAGCAGAAGGAAAAAGUCCCAGGGCUACAAAACUGGAAGCGCAGACCCCGGGGUGAGGAGGGGAAAAAUGGUGCUAUUUCCAAGUCCCUUCUCUCGCUUGUCGGUGGCUGUGACCACCCUCGCUUGGCUUUACUCAUCUCUGGGCUCUCUCAACACCCCUCUGGGCCUCCCCCUCCUGCCUUCGCCCCGAGUCCACUCAGGCUCCACAGCUGACAUCUUUGCCUCCUUCGGGAAGGAGGACCCUGCAGGCGAAUUCAGCAAUCCGGUCCUCACCGCUUGGGGGGGUGGACGUGGGAAUAUUUUCCCCAAAUCAGAAGGUUGAAAAGAAAUGGCCAUUGGUGUUGGGGGAGAGCCCUGCUUGACUCGUCUCUUUUCCUCUGGCCCCAGCCGAGGUGAAGGCGGGUGGAGGCUCUUUACGUCGGACCAUGUGGAAGCUGAGGGCGCUAUGGGGGAGCUCUGUUGCCUUUCUUCGCGAUCUCAAAGCACAACGCGGAUUCGGGGACCAAAGGUCAGAGGUGCAUCCUGUUGGAGCACUUGUGGCUGGCAGCGUGGUGAGAGGCAGGAGGAAGGCCUGGAGGAGCAGGAGGCGGCCUGUUUUUCCCUCAGCCUGAUUUUCCUUCCAAAGCAAGGCAGGCCAGCCACUGGAAUCUUGUUGCUGGCCCCUCUGCUCCUCCCGUCCUAAAAAUAGGGGACCUUUCCCACACCCCCAGAGAGAAGAGGGACUGUCACACUGGUGCUGAGGGACCCAGGGGCUGCUGGGAGUCCUUGCUCCUUUCCAGAACCAUCCAUCCCUAAAAGAGCACAGAACCGAGGGCUGGGCCAAGUCCCUGGUCUUUUCUUACAGUUCACAAAGGUCUUUGGCCAAUCUAAUCCCAGGAAAGAAGAUGCGUUAAAGCUAGAAUGUGAAUAUAACUUUAGUGGACCAAUAAGAAAGUGUAAGCCCAAUGGUGAGAAAAGUGAAUUCUAUCAACACUGCUUCCUAUUUUCUUCCUCAUGUCCCUCCAGGGAAAACUACUUUAUUGCUUAAUUUCUGCCUUUUUCCUCUCACAUAUGCACUUUUGGGCCUUUUUUUUUUUUUAAUAGCUGGGAAAAAAAAAUACCACCCCACAAACCUGUAUUUAAAAAGAUACAAAUGACCAUGUGAAAUUUGCCUCUGUCCAAACAUUUCAUCCGUGUGUGUGUGUGAAGCCGUCCGUUCAUCUUUUUAUAUGGGGUGGUUGUCUUUUCUUGGUCUGUUUUGGUCCCCUCCCUUGUGGGCUUGUGCUUGGGAUCAACUCUUUCUGGCCUGUUAUGAUUCUCAACGUUUGACUUGGACCACAAGUGAAUCUUUCUCCUGGUGACUCAAAUAAUAAAAGUAUAAUUUUUACCUGC